CAUGGCAUCGAUAAUGAACAUAUGUCUUCGAAGAAAUAAUCGAUUCAAAUCAUAAAUGAAUCUAUCAGGUGAAAAUUACUCAAUGGAGCACUUAGAAAAUUUUUACGCGAUGGAAUGCAUGCAAGACUUCUAUAUUCAAGUGGGAAAAAAAUUAGACCAUCUUAUCACGAUUAUACAAAAUUCUCAGCGAAGAACCCACUAAGGUCUCCGUCAUGCCGUCAAGUGAUUGCGAACUUGUGCCGAUUCAUGUAAUUCCAGAGCCCCGGAGACGCAACGCAGUCGAAUACUGCUGUCUGUUGUUGAAUCGUGAAUGGCCUUGUGCAGGAUACAAUUCACGAGAGAAGUGGCUGGAACAAUCAAAUUCAGGAUUUCCAAUUUCACUGGUUAUGAUCAGUCCUGAAACGAAGGAUAAUAAUGCGACAAACUCCGGAGAUCAUCCAAGAAAGCGGCAGCAGGUGAUGAUGGGCCACAGCAGGAUAUGCAGAGUUCAAGGCGAAGACGACGACUGCUUCAUUGGCUCCAUCAUCAUUGACCCCGAGUGGCGCAGAAAGGGCUACGGUUCUUUGCUGGUCCAGCUCACGGAAAAAUUCGCGGUACUUGAGUGUGGAUUCAAACGGGCUCACUUGGACAUUGAACGUCCUGAACUCAUCAGCUUCUAUCGCGGUUUGGGUUACAAACGAAACGUCACUUCCCACCUGGAUCCCAUCGUGCCGAUCGACACUCAGGACCCAUCAAUCGUCGACAAGUUUGGCGAGUUCCUUUACGAAUACUCACCAGUGACCAUAACACGCUACGUUUGCGAAUGGUUUGGCACUAUAUUUGGUGACACUUCGGGGAGCAGCCAGCUGUCACAAGGAAAUUCUGACUCAACCUGGAACGCACUGCGAAACGCAUUGCGAAGAUUCAUCAAUGCCAAUAAACUGACGUACUGGUCGAAGGAUCUCGACUGGGAUGAUUCCGAAGCUAGGGAAGAACAUGAAGGAAGCCACAAUGCCGGUGACCAUGAGGACUAAUCAGACAAUUCCGAUUCCCAAGUUAAGAUUUUCUUCCGUGUCUGAUUAUCACAAAAAUAAAAUUGAACAUCAUCUUCUCGGGGAUGCAAAAAUCCUCGAAAACGA